CACGCUUGGAACACGACGAGACGCCCACAGACUUCCAAAUAUGGACAUGUGAGGUAUAAAACAUUGGUAUUAGAAGACUAUCUUGUGUCCGCUCCUGCUUUUCACCGCGGGGAGAACAUUGUUGGUCAUUCUGAAAAUUGCACGGUCUCGAGCAAGACAUUGUAACAGCGGGUUCAUGUAGCAUUCCUCCCCUGUAUGUGCGCUAGCUGACAGGGGUGUACCAUAAAUCUAGUCCCGUGUACAGCACCGUUUAUAUUUCUACUUGCGGACACUACACGGUCACACCAGACAGACAGACUGUGGCCGCGGCGACUGGGAACGUUCGAUCACAAGGUUUCCUAUCCAUCUACUAACUACACUGAUGUGGGUGUAGUAGUCUGGGUGAGUGACAAGACCAUUGAAAAGAAACAGACAAUAUGAGUAGUACCAAAAGGAAAGCAGAAGGGCACUCUAGGAACAUGGGAAAACUACGAGCCAUGAAGUCUGGAAGCUCCAGAACAGACUCAGAGAGAGACUCUGGCUUCUCAGAUGCCAGCACCAUAGACCCGACAGAUUCUGAGGGCUCAUCGCACUCGGUGACCAAGAGAGAGGUUCAGCGCCCUGGAUCAGUGUUGGGGGCACAGUCCUCACCGUUAGCAGUGGUGGGGGGGUCCUACUCCAACAUGCCCCCCAUGAUCAUCCAGCAGCCUCAGGUGGUCUUCCUACAACCUGUGGUCUCCCACUGCACCACCUCCAACCCCAAGGAGGCCUCCUCUAAACACCGGCGCCCAAAAAAGUUUCUUCCCAUCCUCAGGUCCUACCCCAAGAUUGCCCCUCACCCUGGGGACAGCUCGAGUUCCUCUGGGAAAGGAAGCUCUUGUUCUUCCUCGUCGGGGUCAGAGAGAAGCGGUUUGUCCUCCAGCCACCGGGAGCGCCAUCACAGCCACAGAGACAAACAGCAGAAGCAGCAGUCUGGUAGUUCUAGCUCUGGUUCUUCUGGUUCCAGCACCCUCAGUUUCCCUCCUCCAACUAGCUCUCUGUCCCCCUCUCCCCAGCGCAGGCUCGCCCUCACCCUCUCCCUCACAGACUCCAGUGCCUGUAGCAGCCCUGCUAGACCCUCCCCCGCCGUCAGUAGAUCAGAGUACACCCCCGCCCCGUCCUUGACCGUAACUCCUUCUCACACCCUCAACUUUGGGCACCAUGAGAAACUCAAGUCCCAGCCUCUUUCCCUCCCAAAUCACGCCACCACAACCGACAACGGCGAUGGAGAUGACCACGACAUCAAGCGUAAGCGCUUCUGCAACACGUACAACAUCCUGUCCAAGUCUGGCCUGCUGGACAUCACCCUAAGAACCAAGGACCUGCUCCGUCAGAACCGCAGGACCCAGGGAGACCUGGACCGGCUCAAGGAGCACACCAACCUCUUCCUGCAGGCCCUGCAGACCGGAGACACCAGCAUCUGGAGCAAGCUGCAAACCAGCCUCCAGGAAGAAGAGAAAGAGACUGAAGAGAAAGGGAAGGGCAGUGGGCAGCAGAGCAUCUUAAAGGCAGAUACAGAUUAGACCUGGACUAAGUAAGAGCAGGGUUUCAUCUGUUAGAUUGGGACUGAGUUGAGGUGGGGGAGGCAGGGACUUGGGCUGACUGAGGAAGCUGGACCGACAGUAAUGUGCCCACAAUGAUCACACAAACAAACAGUUACUCUGACCUUGUCUCCCUGCACUGCUGCCUGGUUCAGCUACCCUAAACAAGGCCAGGCAAACUCCCUCUACACACUAGCCUGCCUGCCUUACCCCCCAAAUCAGGCCAGGAUGGAUGGGAGGCUUCUGAAUGAUAUGAAAUCGCUCUAUUCCCUAUAUAGUGCACUACCUUGACUCUAUAUAGUGCACUACUUUGAUCCUAUGUAUAGCGUAUGGGGAAAAGGGUGGUGGACAUUGCAUUCUCUCUUUUCUGUUGUACCCAGCCUGGCUCGCCUUCUUCCUGUCAAACCGCCUUCCUGCUUCUUAGAAGAAGUCUUGUUGUGCUCUGAGUAUCUCUGAGAUAAGCCCUAAGGGACUUUUUUACUGGAAGCUGAAAGUGCCCACCACUUGACACUUCUAGCCGUCAUCGUGAUGAGUAAAAUAUGCCUAUAUUGAAGAAGGCUUGCAUGGUAUAGUUGGUAAGAGUGCUGGGUACCUGAAUUAAACCCAACAAAACCACACGUUUUUCAUGAAAAUAUAUGGUGUCAAUUUAGGCUCAAACAAAUAUGUUUAGUGAUACGUUUUACAAUACCCACUGGGCACACACUGGUUGAAUCAAGGUUGUUUAAAUUACGUGGAACCAAUGUGGAGUAGAUGUUGAAUUGACAUCUGUUCCCAGUGUGUAGCCACUUAUACAGUAGGUUUCCACUGGAGCACGUGUAAGGAGAAUGGAAAGCAAGCAGCACAGAAUUAUUUUUUCCCCUCAUUAAUUCAUGGACUAAAGACAGUGAUUUACAUAGACUCCUUUAGGACUCUAGUGAGGAUACUGUUCAUCAAAGCAUUUUUUUUAAACAACAAAGACUAAUGAAAGUCCCUCAAAUGGAAGAUGGGCUGAAAUCUUUUUGUCAUAACAUUUUUUGUAAGAGAAUUGUCAAGGCUUUAUCCAAAAGCAGAAUUUUAUUUAAAAAAUGUUAUUGUAUUUGCAUUCAAAUAAUUAGCAGGUAGUUCCAAAGGAAUUUCUAUGGAGCGUUGCUUCUUUUCUCCAAGGCAGAAAUGAAGAUUCAUUUGAGAACAUCGAACCUGCAUAGCUUAUUUUUUUUUGCAAAAGGGAUGUUUUUUAUUGAUAGUUUCAAUCGCUGUCCUUUUAGUCGAUGUUCAUUUAAGUAUAAAUAAAAGCGUGUUUACUGUGCUGAACCAAGCGCUUAUAACAUAUACUUCUCUUCAUAAAAUGAAUGCCUUGAAAUAAAAAAAAAUGGUGUGGGAAGUUACUCC